GUAGUCGGGUUUUGUGUGUAGAGUGGUAGGGACGUGCAUUAACGCGGUUGAAUGACAUCAGCUGGUGAAGGUUAAUCUUAAGGUGUUACUUUUUUGGAUAUAGUGAACGUUUUUUUAUAUACUUAGUUAUUUAUAUAAAGGAUCACAUGGAUGGGGAUAAUAAAGGAUUCAAUAGAUGCUUUAGAUAUGAGAAAGACGUAACGACAGGGUUCUUAUGUCGAUGAUUUCAGCAGGCGUGGAGGGGAGAAUACCUUAUAUGACGUACCCGGAGCCUUGGAGAGGACCUCCGAAGCAGCCUCCCGAGUUGUUUCUCAGGCCUGCUCCGAAACCUCCAACUACAAGCAGAUACAAUGGAGUGCCGACGACGUAUCCGAACGGUACCAGAUUGGCGCCGCCUCCCAGGCCAGUCGGCAAGUACCCGUCUCCGCCGAAUCCGGUAAAUUUAGCACAACCCAAAGAAGACUUAACCGAAGACAUGUCUCCGUACGGCGCUUACAGGAUAUUCCCGCAAACGCAUCAAUAUUCCCAUUUCGCUUAUCCCCUGUGCCAACCGCCCUACAUGCAGAUGAGAACGAAUUUUCCGCCGACGCCUCUAUCGCCGAUCGAAACUUAUUCGCCGACGGCUACUUCGUCGUUUCUGACGCCGCCUAGUUCGUACAGUCCGCCUUCUAGUUUAAAAUCCGCUCAGAUGUUAGUGAUGGACAAGAAGACGCCACCCCUACCACCUCAAACCGUCAGUCCUCUCAACCAAAGUUCGUCGUUCAAAGUACCUUCAGGUAAAGAAGGAUCUUUGAAACAUAGAAUAUUGAUAAGACCUGAAGAAACGUCACGGAUCGGUCCUCUGGAUCUGCAAAAACCUCUGGAAGGUAGGAAGAGGCUGCAGGCGACGAUGUCGCCGCCGAGAUCGCCCAAAAAAUCUUUAAACAACAACAAUCUACCAGGUAAUUUCGCCAAAGGAUCUCUUAUUCAAUUGUCGAACGGCGACCUCAGGAGAAUCGAAGACUUGCGCACCGAAGAUUUCAUCAUGUCGGCCGAAAGGAGUCCGGAGGUGAGGCUUGCCGAAAGCACCGUCGUCAAAAUAGAGGAAAACCAACAGACGGCGAAUUCCACCAUAACGCUCACCUACAAUAACAGACGAGACAAGGUGGAAAUGGAAUCGACUCUAGAGCAACCCUAUUUCGUGAUGGGUCACGGUUGGGCGUCUUGUUGUCCGGAACGGACGCAGCAAUUGUGCGGUUUGAAAACGCACCGGUUGCAAGUAGGCGACGUUCUAAUAUCGUUAACGCCCCGAGAAAGGCGAUCGAAAACCACCACCCCCAAACAACAACAACAACAACAACAACCCCAUCCGGCUAGUACGAAAACGCACCCGUCCGACCAAAAGGUUUCCGCGCAAACGCAGCCGAUGAACUUACACUACACUUCCAAUUACCCCCCGCAAUCGAUGUCGCCCGACAGCGUCGCCGCCAGGAAGCGACGCUGGUCGGCGCCGGAUCAGAUGUGCGACGAAGAAGAACAAAACGGCUCCAGGAGACACCGCAUCGAAUGAUCCCGAAGGAAAUUCGGUUCGAAGGAUAAAAAUUCGUUCGGUAACGAAUUUGGACCGAUACCUACGAGAAAUAAAUCGACGGGGUUCGGAUCCGGUAGCGGGGAGGGAUUUUCGAUUCGAGACGCGUAUUUUCGUAGGGGUGUUGGUCUAAUGUCGUCUUAGAUGGAUCGGUGGUGUUACCAAAAAGGGGGAAAAAUCAUUUGCGAUUGGAAUUUCGUAUUGGCUUAUUAAUCAAUUGAUUUUGAGUCGUCAGUCACGUUCCCUCGUAUAUUGAAUAUUUUUUCGUUUUAAUCGAUUUUUAGAUCGUUUUCCUACUUUUUUAUCGAUCUUCGUAUAUUAUUUGAAACAAAUUUUUCGGUAUUUUCGCUCAUUUCAGUCCAAAUUUAGUUGUUUUCGCCGAAAACCUCAAUAAUUUGCCAUUUUUUCCUUUAUUUUUAAUUCAAUCGCUUUUCAGAUUCUUUUCUUACUUUUUUAUCGAACCUCGUACAAUAUUUGAUACAAAUUUUCCGGGAUUUUCGCUCAUUUCAGUUCGAAUUUCGUUGUUUUCGCCGAAAAACUGAUUAAUUUGUACUUUAUUGCAUUUUUUGCCUAUAUUUUCGGUUUAAUUGUUUCCCGAUCUGUUUUCUUACUUUCUUAUCGACCAUCGUAUAAUAUUUGAGGCAAAUUUUACCGAAAUAUGUCAGUUUUUCAUCAAAAAACUACUUGAUCCCCCAUUUUUUCUAUUAUUUUCGCUUUUUUAAAACGUAAUUGCGUCCCAAACCCUUCUUUAAUUUUUUUUUAUUUUCCCUCGUAUAAUAUUUAAUGAAAUUUUUUAUGUAUAUUCAAAUUUCCUUGAUAUAUAUCGAUAUUUAAAAAAAACUACUUUUACUCCAAAAUUUUCACAUCUAUUUUCGUUUUUCCUCAAUUUAUUUUCUUCUCAGGUUCUUUUUUCCACUUUUUUAUCUCCCCUUGUAUAAUAUGCAAUGAAAACCCUUCGAAUCUGCAAGUCAUUUUAAUUUGCGUUCAAUUUUUUCAUAAAAAAACUACUGCUAAAAUUGUUCCAUUAUUCAGUUAUUAAAUUUCCUUACUUCAUCACCGCCCCUCGUAUGAUAUUAAUUCAGUUCAAAUUUCAUUGUUUUUUACUAAAUUUUCUUGUAACCCUGGUAUCAUUUGAUUUUCUCAAUUUAAGGUCGAAAUUCCACGUAAAUUUUUUGUUUUUGAAAAAGUAUUUCGAAGUUUUUCCCUUUUUCUUGGACUUUUUUUCGAAAAAUCUGGCGUAUUUUCUCCUUUUCGGUACAUUCCUCCGUCUAAGAUAGAUUUGAAUUACAUGACAAUACAAAAUUUUCCAUCGGGGUCUUUCGAAAAGUAUACGUAAAUUUUUCUAAUUUCAAAAUUAAAAA